CUUUACCUGGUGUGUUGUGUUUGUGCACCUGCAAUAACAUGACAUUAUUCUUAUUGGCAGUGCAAAAAGGUAUUGUAGUUUAAACUAUGAGGCCAUUGAUUGUGCACAGACAGCGGGUGAUGUCCUGCAGGAAGUCGCUCAUACAACAUGGGCCAUAAUCCCAGUAUGUGAUGGGGAGCAGACUGAGGCUCUGUCCUAUAAAAACCCAAAAGGGGCGACUCAUUCCCAUGGAUAGAGGCCUCUCUGAAGUUGCAGUGUCCAUUUGUUCUGCUCUAGUUUGUAUGUAGGUCAUCUGUAGUUGACCAGAGCAGCAGCAGAAUGGCAGCCUACACUGGAUUACACGGUUUUUAACCUAGGCUUCAUGAAGCUGUCUUAUUUAAUCUGUUAGAAUUACUGAAAAGAAACAAGUAGUUUAAAUAGAAAAUCAGCUGCUUAUCAAAAGUGGCUAAUUAUCUGUAUAUAAUAGCUGUAAAACAUUAGUAUGCAUCAUAUACUGUAAAUAGGUCAGUACAUGCAGAAACGCGAGGGCCUUCACUGGUUCGCCAUCUGUGUUUGGUGAAGUUCAGAUUGUCUUUAACAGAAUGAAACGUCUGCCGUCCACAGCUGAAUCAGAAACGUUCCCAAACGCCUGAAAGCUUCCCGGUCAGAGUUUACACAGCGGAUCUUGACUCAUCCCAGUAAACAGGUGACACUUGUCACCGUCUGCCUCUAUCCUGACACCCAGUGGCAGGUUCUGGGCCUCAAGCUUGAGAAUCGACCUGUGGGGGAGAUUUUCUCUUACAACUAAAUGUGUUCAUCACAUUUUAAUGCUUUCGUCCCAAAUUACAUCAGAACAUCUGUAAUAAAAAGAAUCAUAAAUAGGUAAAAUUACUUUAUGUAGAUUCCUUGCAUAAUUUUAUCAUCCACUGAUGAUGUUGAAUCUAUGAUGAGUUAGACAAACUGGUUGAAAUGGAGUCUGACUGAACGUUCACUUUAAAAGAUCGAUCUCAGAAUGUUGUGGCCUGGUUUUUCCCAGUGAUGACUAAGAAUCAAUGGGUUUGUCCAGAGCAAACACAAACCGCUGGGACUAACUGCACCACACGAGGACUGUUUCAAAUUUAUACUUUACAAGAUGAGUUGACAACCUGCUCGUGGAACAAACGGAGUCCCGGCGACGAGCGGUCAGAUGCAUCUGUGUGGAACGAAGACAGAGGAGGAACAAUACAUCUGAAAAGUAGCACUCAGGUGUUGUCAGAUGCUGUCUGUCUUUCGGUGAGUCGUGAUGGCGGCUGAUCUGGAUGUGUUGAACCUGUUUAUCAUCGCUGGGGGAACCCUGGCUAUUCCCAUCCUGGCCUUUGUCGCAUCCUUCAUCUUCUGGCCCUCGGCUCUCAUUAAAGUCUACUACUGGUACUGGAGGAGGACUCUAGGCCUGCAGGUGCGCUACGCGGACUGUGGUGGCUAUCGCUUCUGCUACUCCUGCAGGGGGAAACCCGGGAUGAGGCCGUCCAUUUUGAUGCUGCAUGGAUUCUCUGCUCACAAGGACACGUGGCUCACUGUUGUGAAGUAUUUACCCAGACACCUGCACAUUGUGUGUGUGGACAUGCCUGGACACGAGGGAACAACGCGCACCAGCACGGAGGACUACUCCAUCCAGGGGCAGGUCAGAAGGAUCCAUCAGGUACACGGACGAGGCCUCUGUAAACCUGCCCGUUACACUUUACCCCUGCAGUCACCGUGUGCUCGUUCUCCUCAGUUUGUGAAAAGCAUCGGCAUCAACAGGAAACCGUUCCAUCUGGUGGGAACAUCGAUGGGAGGAACCGUAGCCGGGGUUUAUGCAGCGUGUCAUCCUGCAGAGAUCUGCAGCAUCACACUCAUUUGUCCAUUCGGCACAACUCACCCAUGUGAGACCAAAUUUGACAAUCACCUGCAGGACCUGGAGCAGAGCAAUUUCACCUUAAACAUCCCACUGAUCCCCACUACACCCGAUGAGAUGGAGGACAUGUUCAGGCUUUGUUCCCACGUUCGCUUUAAAAUCCCGCAGCAGAUUCUGCAGGGGUUGGUAGACGUUCAGCAGCCUCACAUCACAUUUUUCCAAGAAGUAUUCAUGGAGAUUUUUGGUGAGAAGUCCAGAUAUGCCUUACAGGAGCACUUACAUCUGAUCACUGCACCUUUGCAGGUGAUCUGGGGCAAACAAGACCAGGUGGUGGAUGUCUCUGGGGCUGCAGUCAUUGCGGAGGCGCUGUCCGGCUGCAGAGUGGACCUGCUGGAUAACUGUGGCCACUCUGUGGUGAUGGAGCGGCCCUGCCGAACAGCCAAGCUCAUCCUGGACUUCAUCAUCGCGCAGCAAAACGCCAGCGGCGGCGCAAAGAAGUCCUCCUGAACAAACACCUGCUUCCAUCCUCCUGUCACACACAGUACAUGUAGGCACAUCCACACCAGAGCUUUCCAAUGAGGUUUAUAGUGUUAACGCAUUUUCUUAGCUGCUUCCAUAUUUGAAUACAGUUUUAUUUGUAGUGUAAUCUAUGAAAAUAAAACUACCGAAGAUCCCUGUG